AUGGUCACAGGUUCAGAUGACUUCCCGCUGCUAUUUCGCUUACUUGAGUCCGCACUCGAAGCCAUCGGGGGAGAAGACAGCCUGGGCGAAGAUGAGCUGUCACGUUUUAUCGUCCGCCAAGUUCACAAAAUGCGGGUAUACGCUGCACCGCUGAUCAAUGAGCAGUGGGGUAUCACAACACUGAGCACUCGCCAGAACAUCACGCAGGCGUUUGAAUGCAUCAGGCACUGCUCUCAGCAUCAGCCAGAGCACUAUCCGAUUACGUCGUUGGUCAUGAGUCUCAUCCAGCAAUCCUACGACAUAUAUCUCGACCAAGCGCGUCGCGAUAUACUGUCGGUAGCUUCCGUUAGCGACGGCUUUCCACAGUUCGCCGAGUCUAUCUGCCGAGUUCAACGAUUCAAGGAGACGUUUGAAUCUUUCCCUGCUGACUCGCCCGGUAAACAAGUCCUCAUCUGGGCAACCUUUAUGGCGGCUUCCGACAGUGUUCUGGAAGAGCAUAAAUCAUUCUUCCGGGAGGUAUUCGCAUCUUUCUACAAGCGCAGCGGCUUUGAGAAUCUUCGCAAAGGCAUGGAUCAACUUGAACGAGUCUGGAAAAGAAGAACACUGGGCGAUCGAUGGAUCUCACUACUACCACAAGCUAAAGUAUUCAUCAUGUGA